AUGACUAAGUGCCGUCCGCUGAGGAUCGUCUGUAUCGGGGCUGGUUAUGUUGGCGGCCCAACGAUGGCUGUCAUCUCGAAAAAAUGCCCACACAUCACCGUCCAUGUCAUGGAUGUUUCCGAAGGACGGAUUGCGGCAUGGAACUCCCCCGCCCCUGCCCCUGGUGAAAAGAGUCGUCUACCCAUCUACGAACCGGGGCUAGCCGAAAUUGUGUACGAGCAACGCGGCAAGAACCUCUUCUUCACGACGGACAAGAAUUGUCUUAAGGGCGCCGACGUUAUCUUUGUUGCGGUCAACACCCCGACGAAGGAAAGGGGCAUGGGGGAGGGCUUCGCGGCAGAUCUUACAUACAUUGAGAGCUGUGCGCGUCUGAUUGGCGAGACGGUCAGUGAGGGCCACUAUGUUGUGGUGGAGAAGUCCACUGUGCCGGUACGAUGCAGUGUCUCCAUCCGCCGCAUCCUCAGCGCGUACAAGAAGGACGACAGCAUCACAUUCUCCGUCGUCAGCAACCCCGAGUUUCUCGCGGAAGGCACAGCCAUCAACGACCUCACGAACCCCGAUCGCGUGCUUAUUGGCGGUGAAAGUGAGGCUGCAAUCGACCUUGUCUCCUCCAUCUACGAAACCUGGGUAGCGAAGGAGCGGAUUAUUCGCACAAAUCUGUGGUCCAGUGAGCUAUCCAAGCUCGUGGCGAACGCGUUUCUGGCGCAACGCAUCUCCUCCAUCAACUCCAUUACUCCACUGUGCGAGCUCAGCGGCGCCGACAUCCUUGAGGUGCGCCGUGCCAUCAGCGCCGACAAGCGUAUUGGGAAGUACUUCCUCAACCCGUCUGUGGGCUUCGGUGGCUCGUGCUUCCAGAAGGAUGUCCUCAACCUCGUCUAUCUCUGCCAGUCCCUCUCUCUUAACGAAACAGCGGAGUACUGGUCGCAGGUGGUAAAGAUGAACAACUAUCAGAAAGAGCGCUUCUAUCAGAGGAUCGUCAAAAACUCCUUUGACACUGUGAACAUGAAAAUCAUGGCGAUUAUGGGCUUCGCCUUUAAGAAGGACACAGGUGACACGCGUGAGAGCGCUGCCAUCUAUGUUUGUGCACGCCUCCUUCAGGAGGGCGCGAGGCUUCGGAUUUAUGACCCCAAGGUGCCGCGUGAGUACGUGAUGAUGGAGCUGGAGAACUUCUUCAAUAAGGAACACCUACUGAACAGCUGCACAUACGCCCGAUACCGACGGGAAAACCUGGUGCAGAGCACCGACGCGGGCAUAGAGGCGAUGCUAAAGAACGUGGAGAUGGUUGACACACCACUGGACGCCUCAAUAAAUGCCAGCGCCAUGAUCAUCUUAACCGAGUGGGACGAAUUUUCCACAAUGGACUACACCAAACACUACGAGGUGAUGAAGAAACCUCCACUUGUGUUUGACGGUCGUCUCGUUGCUGAUGAUAAGAUGCUUAGGUCUGUUGGCUUCGAGGUGUGCACCAUUGGUAAACCGCCGACGUCUGGCAACGACGAUUUCCUUUACGGUAGCCGCUAA